UUUUCUUUGGCUGUUUGGCGUUCUGCUGCGGUGCUGCCUUGUUCUUUUGUGUUGACGCAUUGUUGGUUUGCUGCGCAGCCGCCGCCGCCGCCCUCUACUGCCGUCGCCCUCGACGCCGGCCAGCUCCUGCGCAUGCUAUCCCUCUGCCACCAUAUUUUGGUAGUGCUCUGACUUCAGUCAGGAGCAAGCACCAUGGCCGCGCAGCCGUUGGUCUUCCGGUGGAUGCAAGCGGACUGCAAGCGUGUGGAUGCAGAUUGAUUUUCCAGUUUGCUUCUUCGGUUGGGACCCAUGCAAUUCUUGAGUCCAGACAAUGUGAGCUUCCUGCCCCGGGGUUGAUCAAGUCAAUGCAGAUGCUCCAUCUCCCACCCUCCAUCCAAACCCCACCCCCGGCUCAACACCCUCUACAUUCCUCUGCCUUCUCCUGCAGCCCCUGUGCUCGUCGGCCAAUUGGUCCUCCCCCAGCCUUUGCCUCUGCCGAGUUCCUGGGUUCAGUUCCAGACAGUGCCCAGAUGCCACCACGGCGGCGCCGCCGGCGGAGUGUGGCUGGCAUCGACCAGGAUGAUCUCCUUGACCCGGACGCCCUUGCCGACCCAGACAGCAGCUUCUACGAGAUCAAUGGCAUCAGGGUCCACCACAAGGUUUGCAGCCAUGAGGAUUCCAGCGACCAAUCUCUUGACUCUGCCAUCACAAAUGCUGACCAAAACCAAAUUGGUUUGCCAAUACUGCUAUUGCAUGGGUUUGGCUCUUCAGUCUUCUCCUGGAACCACAUCAUGCGCCCUCUAGCCCGCAUUGCUGGUGCCAAAGUGCUUGCCUUUGAUCGGCCUGCUUUUGGUCUGACGUCCAGGACCAUCUGGUCUGCUGAUGACACCAAACCUCUCAACCCCUACUCCAUGGCCUUCUCAGUCAUAGCUACAUUGGCAUUCAUUGACCAACUUGGUACCAACAAGGUUGUCCUUGUGGGGCACUCAGCUGGUUGCCUUGUAGCAGUGGAUGCAUACUUAGAGGCGCCAGAAAGGGUAGCUGCACUUGUGCUGGUUGCACCAUCGAUUUUCGUGCCGGUUUUCAAGAGGAAAGGUGUGAAGGACUAUGGUUCAGCUGAACAAGAAUGGCAGAAGAAGAACGAUUCUAAUGGCUCAAAUUUGCCUACAAAUUCAUUCAUUAGGAUCCGGGAAGGAUUCCUUGAGCUAUGCUUGCGCACUGCAGGGUUUCUUAUGCAUAUGAUUAGCGCAAUAGGUGGCCUGAUUCGAUCUUUGUAUUGUAAAGCUGUUGUUGCUGUUCUUCGAUCAUCAUUAGGAGUGAUGCUGGUAAGAUUGAUCAUGGAUAAAUUUGGUAUAUUGGCUGUCCGCAAUGCAUGGUACGACCCAAGCAAAGUGACUGAUCAUGUCAUUCAAGGUUACACUAAGCCAUUAAGAUCCAGAGGAUGGGAGAUGGCUCUUUUGGAGUACACUGUAUCCAUGAUCAUGGAUUCUACAUCCACAUCAAAAGUGCCAGUCUCAGAGAGGCUUUCUGAGAUCUCAUGCCCAGUGCUAAUCGUGAGUGGAGACACUGAUCGCCUUGUUCCUCGUUGGAACACCGAGCGCGUAGCACGUGCGAUACCUGGUGCAGAAUUUGAGGUGAUCAAGAACUGUGGUCACUUGCCCCAGGAGGAACGACCUGAAGAAUUCGUGUCUGUUAUUGAAAGGUUCCUAAGAAAAGCUUUUGGAAGAGCCAACGAACAAGAUCAAAUGUUCCAAGCAGCUGUAUGAAAUCAGUAUCCCAGUACGUACAGAAGCAGAUGAGAGUUGGACUUGAAACUUGAGAUACAAGAGUGGUUUGAGUGAAAGAGGAAAAAACAUGAUAAGCAUGCCGAAUUGGUCAUGUAGUAGCAGUAUACCUUUAUGUAUAUAUAUAGGAAAGUAUAUAGUGACGAACUCACUGGAUUGCCCUUUUUUUCUUAUUUUGUGUGAAAUUAGAGCUCCAUAUAUCACAUAUGGUGUUUUCAGAAACGAAUUCAUCUCUGUUGUAUGUUGCUGGAAACCUGCGGUGCACGUAUGUGUUGAUUCAGAGAGAAUCGACUUGGUGGUUUACCAUUACUUACAGGAUAUAGGGGCUAGCAACAAAAUCCAGUUUGAUACUUUGAUGAUAAUCCCAGCAAGGAGCAUACACACAGUUGAUUCAGACAAUGCAUUUGUUCCUCUGAUUCUUCUUUUUUAA